GAGUGGUUUACUUACCCCUGACCGGGGCAAUGUAUUAAAAACCUUCCCCACAUUCUUCUACUCCGAGACAAGAACCCCUCCCGCAGAUUUAUUUGAGUGGUUCAGGCAAGAGGGAAAGACAGUCAGCAGUUUUAUAUCUUCUAUUCAUUCCCAUAACCCCCUGAAUUCUUAUCUUACAUUCUAAUCUCAUCCAUUCCAUUCAUUGGAUUUCCAGAGGCUACAAUCUUUCCAGUGGAUAUCUCCGAGCUACUUGCGUGUGUUUUCUUUUUAAUUCGUCGAAGAGAGGUUGAAGCAAACAUUCGUGGCCAGUUUUUUUUUCUCUCUAUGUAGCUUAUAUAUAUAUAUAUUGUUAUUAUCUUACCUCUCCCACAAGGCUGCCCGCGGAAAGUUGCUGUCGCUCUCCUCCUCUCUCCGCGGCUCGAUCGGGACCCUCCGCCGCCUUUCAGCGCUCUCAGCGCGGAUCAGCACCGUGUCUCUGUUUCUCAAGUCAAUCACACUCCUCGUUUUGAAAGAUGAAGCUGCCUCUGGCGAUUGGUUUAUUCCUGAUAAUGGAAGUUCUCUUGAUGGCUGGGGUUCACUCUGCCAGAAUAAGACAAAUGAAGAUAAGAGACAAAAUGGUUGCAGAUAGAAAAUGCACCACAGGCCCCAUCGAUCUGCUGUUUAUCAUUGACAGCUCUAGGAGUGUCCGCCCAUUCGAGUUUGAGCUGAUGAGGAAUUUUGUGAUUGACAUGAUCAAUUUCUUGAACGUGGGGCCCAGUGCCGGCAGGGUCGCAUUGAUCCAAUACUCCAGCCAGAUUCAGAACAUCUUCUCCUUCAAAACAUUCCAGAAAAAAGCUGACAUGAUCAAGAGUAUCAAGGAGGUGAUCCCCCUGGCCCAGGGAACAAUGACAGGCUUAGCCAUCCAGUAUGCCAUGAACGUCGCUUUCACUGAGCAAGAGGGUGUCCGUCCCCUGGCACAGAAGAUCCCAAGAGUUGCCAUCAUUGUAACAGACGGGAGGCCCCAGGACCGGGUCACUGAGGUGGCAGCGCGGGCUCGAGAGGCCGGUAUCGAGAUCUAUGCCGUUGGCGUGCAGAGGGCAGAGAUGUCUUCCCUCAGAGCCAUGGCCUCCUUGCCUCAUGAAGAACACGUCUUCCUGGUUGAGACCUUUGACCUGAUUGAUCAGUUUGCUAAGACCUUCCAGGACAAGUUGUGUUCUGAUGACAUGUGCGCUGUUACGAAUCAUGGUUGUCAGCACAUCUGCGUCACUACACCUGGAUCCUUCCACUGUGCUUGCCGUGAGGGCUAUGUGCUGAACCCAGACAAGAAGACAUGCACAGCCAUCGACCUUUGUUCCCAUGGAGACCAUGACUGUCAGCAGAUAUGUAUUAGCUCUCCAGGUUCAUACCAGUGCAGUUGCCGGGAGGGCUUCAGACUGAACCAGGACAAGAAGACUUGCAGUGCCAUCGACCUCUGUUCCCUGGGAGAUCAUGGCUGUGAACAUAUCUGUGUGAGCACCCCUGGGUCUUAUCACUGCCGCUGUCGAUCCGGGUACACCCUCAAUCAAGACAAGAAGACGUGCUCCGCCAUCAACCUCUGUGCCCUGGGAGAUCAUGGCUGUGAGCACAUCUGCGUGAGCACCCCUGGGUCAUAUAAGUGCCGUUGUCGCCCUGGGUACAACCUCAAUCAGGACAAGAAGACCUGCAAUAUGGUGAACUAUUGUUCGUUUGGGAACCACAGCUGCCAACAUGAAUGUGUAAACAUUCUCAAUGGAUACUACUGCACAUGCCAGGAUGGAUUUGAACUGCAAGAUGAUGGGAAAACGUGUAAAGCUGUUGACAUGUGUAACACUGUGGAACAUGGGUGUGAGUUUGAGUGUGUCAGCACCCCUGGAUCAUACUUCUGCAUCUGCCCUGCGGGGAGGCAACUCAAUGAGGAUGGAAAGACCUGUAACAGAUGCAGUAAGGCAAACAUUGACCUGGUCUUUGUGAUUGAUGGGUCCAAAAGUGUGCGGCCUGAGAACUUUGAGCUGGUGAAGAAGUUUGUGAACAACGUUGUGGAUUCCUUGGAUAUCUCCACCCAAGGCACCCGUGUCGGCUUGGUGCAAUAUUCUAGUCGUGUCCGCACAGAGUUUUCACUGGGCAAGCACACGACCACUCCAGCUCUGAAGAAGGCCGUGAAUGAUGUGGUGUAUAUGGAGAAAGGCACUAUGACUGGACUCGCUCUCAAACACAUGGUGGAGAACAUCUUCACUGAAGCAGGAGGAGCAAGGCCCGAGUCUGAGAGCCUGCCCAGGGUGGGCGUCGUAUUCACUGACGGCCGUUCUCAAGACAGCAUCUCCGAGUGGGCUAAAAAAGCCAAAGAUGCAGGUAUCACUAUGUACGCUGUUGGUGUUGGGAAGGCAGUGGAGGAUGAACUGCGAGAAAUUGCCUCAGACCCAGUGGAUCAACACUUCUUCUACGCAUCAGACUUCAGUGCCAUCGAUCAAAUUGCUGAAAAUCUAAAACUAAACAUAUGUGAGGAGGAAGCGACUGGACAGGAGACGAUUAAAGAUCCAUGCGCAUGUGAAUCUCUUGUAGCAUUCCAACAGGACACACUGUCGCUGUUAGAAGGAUUCUCGCAAAAACUGGCCCAGAUGACAGGGAAGUUGGAAGAUUUGGAGAACAGGUUGCCAAAAUCAGUGAAAUAAAACGUAAGCAGAAAAAUCACCACCAUCAUUGCACCAUCAGAGGUGUUCCUACAUCGCUAAAGUUAUUUUAGCUUUUUUGUGUUAUUGUCUCAUUUCCUGGGUGUUUUUUCAUAAAAAGAAAAUAUUCAUUUAGGAUGCGUUUUUUUUCCACUGCUUUGAACAGUACAGGACCAGUUUCACAAGAUCAUUUUACAAGAUGUAUAUCUUUCCACUUUUUAUAUUACAUUCGCGUAUGUGGUAAGCACUCCCAAUAUUUUGUUUAAAAACAUAGGCGUGUAAAAGUGCACAUUAUUCAAAUGGAACGAUUAAAGUGUGUCGAGUCGGUAUUGGUAACAGUGAACCGUUGAUAGCGAGUAACAGAAAAGUCAGUGCGUGGUGGCCACAUGUUUGUUUUAAAGGAGCUAAAGGGUUAAAAAAAAUACUGCUGAAGUGAAAUAAAAAGUGAAAAUGCACAGCAGACCCUAUCAGCUUCUCAAAGGAAACAAUUGAUUACAAUUGUAGUCCACAUGGACUGCAGCAGUUCAAGAAGGCAGCUCACCACCAUCUUCUCAAGGGCAAUUAGGGAUGGGCAAUAAAUGCUGGCCCAGCCAGUGAAGCCCACAUCUCAUGAAUAAUGAAUAAAUAAAAAUCAGAAUGAGGGUCAGAGAAAGACCAGAUGGCCCAUUAACCCUGCCCCGCAACACAAUAGCUGAGGCAUCAUGUCCAGACAAUUUCCACACAUUCACCCAUUCCAUUGCCCACCCCACCUGACCCGCGCAGCUGUGUAAUCCCCUGGGAAAAGUGAAAGUAAAACAGAGUGAAAACCCCAGGCUAAUAAGGGGGAGAAAUGCUGUGAAAAUUCCUUUCUGCCUCAGACAGUGAAAACCGGUCAAUGAGAUCACGUAGCCCAAGUAUUAUCUACAACAAAGCUUACCUUCUACAUGAUGCAACCUCUGCCCCUGUUGGGAACCACUCCAGCUCCUAUUGAAGGUUAAUACAACAACAACAAUACGCAUUUAAAUAGUGCUUUUAAUGUAGUAAAAACUCAAUGUGAUAAAAGUAUAAGAAAUAGGAACAGGAGUCGGCCAUUCGGCCCCUUGAACCUGCUCUGAUAUUCACCAAAAUCAUGCCUGAUCUUCUACCUCUGCUUCACGCAUUACCCCCACAUCCCUUGAUUCCCUUAGUAUCCAAAAAAACCUAUUGACCUCUGUUUCGAAUAUGUUCAACAACUGAGCAUCCACAGAAUUCCAAAGAUUCACAACCAUCUGCUUGAAGAAAUGCCUCCACACCUCAGUCCCAAAUGGCUGACCCCUUAUUCUGAAACUGUGACCCCCUGGUUCUAAACUCCCCAGCCAGGGGAAACAUCUUCUCAGCAUCCACCCUGUCAAGCCCCUUAAGAAUUCUAAUUUAAUUAACUGUGUUUCAAUGAGAUCACCUUUCAUUCUUCAAAAAUGUAGGUAUUAUAGGCCUGGUCUACUCUCCUCAUAAGACAAUCUCCUCGUCAGGAAUCAGGCUAGUGAACCUUUGUUUGCACUCCCUCUAAGGCAAGUACAUCCUUCAUUAAAUAAGAGGAACAAGACUGUAAACAGAUGAGGGUCUAUGUCUGGCCACUCCCUUUUUCUCAGGAUAGCUGACAGGCCUACUGUGCAUUUUUGGCUUUUAUUGCUGUUUUCAGACACAUAGUUGGCCACCAUUUUAUGUUGAGUGCAUGCAGUUGAUAUAUUGGAUAAAUGGGAGCCGGGUGGGAGAGCAGGGCUUUUUUAAUAUUGGGCAGUGUGUAAAACAGCCUAAAAAUCGAAUUUCCCACCCAUUAUGCGCCAUGCCAGAUUCUGAUUUCGAUUGACAUCCUCGGAUGGAACAACCAGGUGGUUUUCUGUAUAACUGGCAGCAAAAUGGAUUUUGGCUAUUUUACAUCCCCAGCAAAUGUUAAAAUUGCCCAUGUGCAAUCUAAGAUGGACUACAGGAUUCUGUGACAGAAAUAAAAGAAAAUCACAAAUCUAUGAUGGGACUUACUAUAACUUUUUUGAUAAUAAAGACAAUCUAGUUCAUUAAAUAAAAAUGUACAAUAAACUAAA